UAUUGACGAAGCAUUAUUCUUGAUUCUAAAGUAGUUUGGUAUUUUUGCAAAUUUCUUGUUAGUUAUAACUUAGUGAGUCACCCUGCGUAUUUUUUCUUGGGGAUCUGGGAUCUUUAGAAUCAGUUCAUCGACUCUCCGCUCACUAGUGCUAGGUUAACGAAAUAAAAAUACUUGAACAACCUGGCAUUAUAUGGAUCAGGAGUGAUUAAGAAAAAAAAGUUAAAUAAAAAAGAUGAGUUCGAGGUCUGGAAAUUGAACAAAUGCACAUAAAGGCAAGUCAAUAAACCUCGGACACGACAGUCAGGUCUACGUAACCGGAACGACCCAGAUUUAUAUUUGGCCAAGGACUGUCAGUCCAGCAACACUCCCCAAAAACUCUUUUGGAGCUUGUAUGCUGCUACAACAACAACAACUAGAUAUAUGAAACAUGUUUGAGUAUGACUGGGAUACAUUUUCCCCGCAGGAAGCGAAAAUAAACACCAAAGACAUUGACUCAAAGAGUACAACUUUUAAAAGAAAUGAUAGCCAAGUUCAGAGUGAAACGAACGACCCAAUUUCAACCGGAAAAAGUAGCAUACAUUCAGGGUGUAAUUCAAGCUUCCAAGAAGGAAACGAACUCUCAUUUGAAUAUCAUCUUAACAUUGACACUGUUUGCAGAACGUGCUUAAAAAAAAUUGAUGCAAGCAUUCCGAACACAUCCACUAUUAAAUCGUAUUAUCAAAUUUUUGAUACUGCAAAUCUCGCUAAGAAACUAACCUCCUGUACAUCUUUAAAAAUUGAGCAAACGGAUAAGUAUCCCAAAUACUUGUGCAACAGUUGCUUCAACAAAGUCAAUGAUUUUUACCAAUUUCAAAGCAUGUGUGUGGAGUCGAUGCAGCAAUUUUGCCAAAUGUUCUUGGUUCCAGUCAGUCAAAUUACUUUUGAUACCGAAGUUCCUCGAAUUAAAACAGAACUUAACUGUGAUGACCCACUGCAUUCUGAAGAGUUUUGUGAUUCCAUCGAAGACGCGAAACAAUCAUCAUGCUUUGUUGAUAACUCUAACUCAGUGAUAGAAAAAGACCAGCUACCAUUAGGUGAUACCAACGCCUUGAUGCAAUGUCAGGUUGAAUACAGGGAUAAUAAUAGUUUACUCCAACCACUUCGGCACGCACUAUUCCAAGAGAAAAAUAGUAAAAAGGAGGGUACAAUAGAAGAAAGUUUCCAAAAUAAAAUGGAUGAACUACUAAGGCGCCAAACGGAAAUUGUGAAAAUUGUUGCAGAGAAUAAUGUUCUAUUGCGAGAAAGUUUAGGGAUGUCUUCUGUCUCUUCCAUCAAAUUCCCAUUAGAAACGGAUGAUAAGUUGGAAGAACUAGAAGCGCGACUAAAAGUGGAAAGCAAGGCAGAAAUUGUUGGUAUUCUUAGAAGAAUAACUUGCGGAAAAAUAAAGGGUAUUGAUGCCAUUUUUGGAAAGCAAGUAGUUAUGGGCUUCAAUUAUAACGGAGAUAAAGGCAAAAAGCCUUUAAAAUUUUUCAAAAAUUUCCUAAAUGCUCUAUACGAAGCCACCUACGAAGAGGGCAGAACUUUUGACGAAUUUUUAAUAAGUCUUCGGCAAGAAUUUAAAAGAGUGAAAAAUCGCUUUUGUAAACAGAAGAGUAGAAAGAACAACCGUUAGCAUGUAACUUAUAGUUUAUAUUGCACACCUGCAUCUAAAGUGAGCUAACUAAAAAAUCAUACCGGACAUUAUAACUGCUUGUGAAUCGUACAAAUUCAACGCAAUUAAUACAAAAACGGGUACAACGGUAGUUUUUUAGUUAGAGUAUGUAAUAAUAAAAAAAUGCAUUACUUGGAGGUAUGUCCUAUGAAUUGAUUUAUGCAAAAAAUCGUCCUAGGUGUGCGAUAUGUACUAUUCAGUAUUAGUUAGUUGUAAGGUAUUUUUAUUAUUUUUUAAUAGAUAAAUACUACGAACAAAAAUUUCACAGUGUUUGUAAAGUUAAGUAUAGGAAUAAAACCACUCCUAAAAAUUACUUCACUUUACUAGACAAUAAAUUAUUUGUGUUUGUUAAUCACUCUUAACAUUUGUCAUAUAAAAGGUAACGAAUAAGGCUAGUUAAAAUAGUGUAACCCACGCGAAAGUUCACAGAGAUUGUAGGUUGGUUACAGGGCAGCCUUGGUAAGUAGUUAUAAUUCAUCAACAAUAAACUGCUAAAAAUAAAAGUCAUAAUAUCCAAUAAGGUGUGAAUACCUACUGAAAUUGUAGGCAUAAAGCCGCCUGUUCGACUUGAAGUAGAAGAAUAGCGUGAAGAGAAUUAAAAUUUGUAAUCAACUUUGUCCGUUAUGAAGUGAUACUAAUUUCUAUCAAUUUAGGUAAUCCAUAUUGCUUAAGAGAAUUUUUAAAUACAAACGACGAGGAAAUAAAAAGUAGCUGUUUGUUUAUAUCAAAUCUCUCUUUUUUGCGUUCAAAAUCUCUGCGUUAUUUAAACUCGUAACCUUGUGUAGUAAUUGUUUACCAGCGAGAAAUUUGAUUUUUUUCUUAUAGUCACAACCCUUUAGCACGGAAUCUACUACGUCAUAGAACUGUGCAUAUACAUAUAAAUAUGUGUGUACA